CAAUCAUUAAAAGACGAAAAUAGAAGUAGCACACAAAGAAGAGGAAGCAAGCAAGCAUAAUUAUGUGUACGAAAAGUUAAAAAAAGCAAGUUGAAAGGCAAAGCAGAACGCUGUGCAUUAAAAAUAAAACGCUCGAGUGCUUCACACAUACCACCAUAGAUAAGUACACAAAACACUUGGGCAUACACAUACACACACACACGUAUACACACGACGCACUCAACGUCGCAAUCUAGUGAUUUUAUAGUCCUCCGCAAGGACGUCGGCGACGGCACAAACGCAGUCUUCGUCAGUCGCUCACACGGACCGCGCGCGGGACGGCCAGCCGUUGCCACACUAACUUAAACGUUUGUAAAAUGCUGCAUCAAUUGCAAGCGCAGCUACAAAAUGCUACUGAAAAAAUAUGUCAAAAAUCGACGAAAGUUGAAAAUACUCUUUCUGCUCAUGGUCAUAGCGCUGAUUGUGAUUACCGUGGUCAUACUGAACAUCUCGCCCAAUGUGAGCUCCACUGAACGCGUGCUCGACGAACGCUUCAUAGCGCGCAUCUAUGGCGGUGGCGGCGGCGGUGGUGUUGUCAGCGGUGUGGGCAGCCAAGACGGCCGCUUGGAGCAGCCACCACUGAAAUCGCCGCGCCAAAAUGGCGUUAUUGUGCCCGAGAAGUAUGACGAACACAAGGUGAAGGCGCGCAUAGCACAGGAGCGUGUGCUGCAGCUGCGCCAGGAACAGCAGCGUAACGCCGUUGAUGCGGGUGAGGAACGCACCAAACUGGAUGCCGUCACGACGGGUGUGCAUAUUUUCUACAGCGCGCCUGUCGCCUGGUAUAAGACGAAGAAGCCGCAGCUGGUCGCACCUCAGUUGCAGCUGCGUGGCGCCGCCAAAGAGUUGCUGAACGAUGUUUCCGACGCCGUCCUAUCAUCAGCUUCAUCAUCACCAACUUCAGGUCUAACAUCGCCAACAACUACGACAACGACGGUGAAACCAGUGCGUAUACUUAACACCGCAUUCUAUCCGGCUUUGGGGCUGUACAAGCCCACAACCAGUUUGCUGCAGAAGCAUUUCGAUAACAUACACAAUUGCGGCAUUGGUGUGCUCAUACUCAGCUGUAGCGGCAAAGCGGGCGAGGUGGAACUCUAUCGUCAGCUGUUGGAACUGGCGCCUAGCUACAAUUUGAGCAUUACCUUUGAGAUCAGUGUGGCGGGCAAUCAGAGCGUGGAGUUUUUGCAGCAGCAAUUGGAGGCGGUGCGUCGUUACGCCACCGCCGAGAGUUUCUAUCGUGUUUAUUCGUUGGCGCGUAAGCGCUUGGUGCCAGUGAUUUACGUAAGCAACGCUUAUAAGUUGAAUGAAACGCCGGCUGGUCGUGCUUUGUGUCAAACGCAUCCGGAGACGUUGAGGCGCAUUUUCGAUGCCUACUUUAUUGGGCAUAUUCGUCUCAAAAACCAUGUGGAUAUCAUGCGACGACUCUGCUUCGAGGGCUUCUACAAUAAAUUACCAAGCAAUGGCGCCACAUUUGCAAGCACCUGGAAGAACUGGUCAUAUUUGAAGUCCUUCGCAUUAACAUACAAAAUGUUAUUUGUGCCAACAGUGGGACCAGGUUUCGCGGAACGCAAUAAAUUCCCACGACACGGUGAUAUACAAAGGCAUCGCAGCAAUGGCAGGUAUUAUGGCGUCGCUUGGCGCACAGCCAUACUCAACCACGUGGGUUUCAUUAACAUCGCCAGCUACAAUAAUUGGCCGGAUGGCAGUCAAAUCGAGGAGGUCAUACCGAAAGCAGGAUUUCUGGACUAUAAUCCGGGGGCGAAAACUAAGUAUAUCGAUUUGACAACACAUUGGGUGGGUAAUUUCUUAAAGACGCGUCAUGAGGCGGCCGCUGUUGCUGUUCUCGGCCAGCCAAGUUGUUAUGAAUUCUUGAAUAAUACAAUUUGUUGAAUGCCAGUUGGGUUAAAAAAAAAUCAGAAAGAGGAAACAA